GUUAGCACUUCAAGGAACUAAGUGAUCGCCUGUCCCUUGGACACAGAAAGACGGAACGGGACAGCAGAAAGAGCAUCCAGCCCUGUGGGUUGAGGCAAGCAGUCCAUCCCCUGCAGAGCCAGUGUGCAGAACCUGUUGAGAAGAGAAAGAGAUGGAAAAGGGAAAUAAAGGUAGCCACACCUCGAAGAAGACCGCGAUGGAUCGCAGACUGUCCCAAUUAAUGGAUUCUGACAUGGAUUAUGAGAGGCCAAACGUAGAAACUAUCAAGUGCGUCGUGGUUGGGGACAACGCGGUGGGCAAGACCAGGCUCAUUUGUGCCCGUGCCUGCAAUGCCACGCUGACCCAGUACCAGCUUCUCGCCACCCAUGUGCCCACGGUCUGGGCCAUCGACCAGUACCGCGUUUGCCAGGAGGUGCUGGAGCGUUCGCGAGACGUGGUAGAUGAUGUGAGCGUGUCCUUGCGACUUUGGGAUACCUUCGGAGACCAUCACAAAGACAGGCGCUUUGCUUAUGGAAGGUCAGAUGUUGUGGUGCUGUGCUUCUCCAUUGCUAACCCCAACUCCCUACACCACGUGAAGACCAUGUGGUACCCAGAGAUCAAGCACUUCUGUCCCCGAGCACCUGUCAUCCUCGUGGGCUGCCAGCUCGACCUUCGCUAUGCUGACCUAGAGGCAGUCAACCGAGCCCGGAGACCCUUGGCUAGGCCGAUCAAGCCCAAUGAGAUUCUACCCCCAGAGAAGGGGAGGGAAGUGGCCAAGGAGUUGGGCAUCCCCUACUACGAGACCAGCGUGGUGGCUCAAUUCGGUAUCAAGGAUGUCUUUGACAAUGCCAUCCGAGCAGCCCUCAUCUCCCGCCGGCACCUGCAGUUCUGGAAGUCUCACCUCCGUAACGUUCAGAGGCCGCUGCUGCAGGCUCCUUUCCUGCCCCCGAAGCCCCCACCGCCAAUCAUCCUGGUCCCAGACCCUCCUUCCAACAAUGAGGAGCGCCCAGCUCACCUGCUGGAGGACCCACUGUGCGCAGACGUCAUCCUGGUGCUGCAAGAGAGGAUCAAAAUCUACGCACACAAGAUCUACCUCUCCACCUCCUCCUCCAAGUUCUACGACCUGUUCUUGAUGGACCUGAGUGAGGAUGACCAGCAGGGUAUAGCAGGGAGUGGCAUAGGAGCCACCAUCUCUACUGCCGCCGAGCGGAUGCUGCACCAAGAGGAGAGGCACCACGGGAGGGACUUCCUCCUGCGAGCCGCCAGUUUUGACAUCUGCGAGAGUGCCGAGGAGGCCGGCUCUGGCCAGCAAAAACCGUGCCUUAGAGCUUCCACCAGCGACGGGAUCCUAAGGGGCAACAGCUAUGAGAAUGGGGAGCGGGGGCUGCGGCGGGGGAGAGACCUCUCCUCCUGGAGCCGGGCUUUUGUCAGCAUCCAGGAGGAGAUGGCGGACGACCCUCUAACCUACAAGUCCAAACUUAUGGUGGUGGUGAAAAUGGACCCCUCCAUCCAGCCAGGGCCCUUCCGGGCUGUGCUCAAGUACCUGUACACGGGGGAGCUGGAUGAGAAGGAGAGGGACCUCAUGCACAUUGCCCACAUAGCGGAGCUGCUGGAGGUCUUCGAUCUCCGGAUGAUGGUGGCCAACAUCCUGAACAACGAAGCGUUCAUGAACCAGGAGAUCACCAAAGCCUUCCAUGUCAGGAGGACCAACCGUGUGAAGGAGUGCCUGGCCAAGGGGACCUUUUCUGAUGUCACCUUUAUCCUGGAUGACGGUGCUAUCAGUGCCCACAAGCCCUUGCUGAUCUCCAGCUGCGAUUGGAUGGCUGCUAUGUUUGGCGGUCCCUUUGUGGAGAGCUCUACCAAGGAGGUGGCACUCCCCUACACCAGCAAGAGCUGCAUGCGGGCAGUGCUUGAGUACCUGUACACCGGCCAGUUCAGCUCCAGCCCGGACCUCGACGACAUGAAGCUCAUCAUCCUGGCUAACCGGCUGUGUCUGCCGCACCUCGUGGCUCUCACAGAACAGUACACGGUGACGAGCCUGAUGGAGGCAUCCCAGCUGAUGGCAGAUAUCGAUGGGGAUGUCCUCGUGUUCCUGGAAUUGGCUCAGUUCCACUGUGCAUACCAGCUUGCAGACUGGUGCCUCCAUCACAUCUGCACCAACUACAACAACGUCUGUCGGAAGUUCCCUCGGGAUAUGAAGGCCAUGUCAGCAGAGAACCAGGAAUACUUUGAAAAGCACCGCUGGCCUCCGGUGUGGUACCUGAAGGAAGAGGAUCACUACCAGCGGGCCAAGAAGGAGCGUGAGAAAGAAGACUACCUCCACCAGAAACGGCAGCCCAAGAGGAGAUGGCUCUUCUGGAAUGCCUCCUCUUCCCCUUCAGCCUCCCCUUCCUCAUCCGCAGCCACAGCCUCCUCCUCGUCCUCCUCCUCGUCCUCCUCAGCUGUGGUUUGAAAGCCCCCUCAUCUUGGCUCCAGUUAGGAAGAGGGGGCUGACUGCCCUGCAUCAGCAUCUGGUCCGCCAUGCUUGGAGAAGACACCACCAGCUAAGCCCCGCGGCAGAGAAAGAGAGUGUUCGUAGCAGGGAGGGCGAGUACCAUACAGGGGGGCUCAGGAUCCAGAGCUUCUGGGCCCAGCUGGGAGCUCUCCGGGACCCUGACCCCUUCUGUAGCUGCUCUGCUGGAGACGUGCAAGGUGGUUGCUGAGCGCUGUGCCCCAAGCAGGCUGCUGACAUGCUAGAAACUUGGUGGAGUUUCAUCAGCAGGAGAAACUCGUUUACAGGAGCACUAGAGAGGAGGGAUUUUUUUUAAACUCUUCAGCAAAAAUGAAAUUCUUCCUGAGUCCAUGUUAUUUUUUUAACCAGGAGUCACAGGCCCGUCUGCUUUGCCUGAUGGCUUCCGACUCCUUUCCCCCACUUUGUGUAUAGUUCAGAGCCCAGCAGGUCACAGUCCUGUCCCCUCCCUUGGAGCUAGUCAGGGAGCAGCUCUUUCCCUUUGCACUUACUGCCCUGGCUCUGAACUUGCAGACAGUUGCUUAGGCAGGGUGCAUCUUCAGCCCAUGAAAGUCCAACCUCAGUGAAGACCACAGGAGGGAUGCAGACAUACAGCAGGUGCAGCGCUGCUCUUCAACUCAGAACUGAGCUCCUUGGUGCAGGUGGGAGUCGAGUCAUGGAGCAGCUGACCCCACUGUCCCCAUCCCAGGCUUCUGCCCUCUUCCCUGCUUCAACUAUGGGCAGUGGAAGCAGUAGGGAAGCUGUUAACACCACAAGGGCCUACCCUAGUUCCUAAUUGGAUCAGCCUGCAGCCCCUACCCCUAAGCAAGGAGAGUUAAAGGCAAGGGCAUUGCUUUUUCCCCCUCCCAGUUUAGAUGGACACUAGGGGCUGUGCUGCUUCUGCAACCCUGUGGAAUCCCACAGUCCGUUUUUUUUUUUUAUAUGAGAAAAAGAAAUAAGCAAAGAAAGAAAAGACAAACCCAUGAAACCAACCCUACUACCAAACCACCUAGUUGGGAUUUUAGCUCAGAAGGCUCUGUUGUAAUAAAUGGUAUUUUAAAAGAC